UAAUGAGUCGCGAAAAUAACCCUAACCCUCGAAAACCCGUGAAAUAGAUACAAACGAAGCAGCAGCGCCGCUGUUCUUAAGGGUGAAAAAAUGGCGUACGCGAUGAAGCCAGCGAAGCAAGGGCUAGAAGAAGCCCAGGAGCAGCUCCACCGCAUCAGGAUCACUCUCUCCUCGAAGAACGUCAAGAAUCUCGAGAAGGUUUGUGCUGAUCUUGUGAAAGGAGCGAAGGAUAAGAGACUGGUAGUGAAGGGGCCGGUGAGGAUGCCUACCAAGGUUCUUCUCAUCACGACACGGAAAUCUCCUUGUGGAGAAGGUACAAACACCUGGGAUCGAUUUGAGCUUCGUGUGCACAAGAGGGUGAUCGAUCUAGUGAGUUCUUCAGAGGUAGUGAAGCAGAUCACUUCCAUCACCAUUGAACCUGGUGUUGAGGUUGAAGUUACAAUAGCGGAUCCUUGAGGUGUUAAAGCAUAUGUAGAUCUUCUUUCCAUGGUUCACUAAGAAGAUAUUUCUUUUAUAAUUUAUACUUCUGUAGUUUGAAGAGGUGACCGUGCCUUUUCUUUUUAAAAAACGUUGAAUGAGUAGUUAAUUAUGUCAUUGGGGAUAAUGCAAAAAAAAUAUUUGCCUCCUACUGAAUAUUAUUUUUUGAGUAGAGUUCUGUGUUAGUUUCAGAUCUUGAAAACUUCACACUUGCUAUGUUAUGAUAUGGAUCUGCUUAGUAAUA